AUGUACUUUGAUAUUGUUCUGAUUACAGACGGUCCUGUCAUUGUUCAUGCUGAUAUAUUGUUAAGAUCAAUGGGACCAAUUUCAGAGCUAGACAUGGUAUAUUCCUUGGAUUGCUAUUUCCGACAAACAUGGGUGGACCAACGCUUGUCUCUGAAUAUAUCAUUAGAAAAUGUUUCACUUGGCAUCAAAAUCUUGGAGAGAAUCUGGCAUCCUGAUACUGUCUUCUACAAUGGACAGAAUUCCUAUCUACAUAUCAUCACGACUCCAAAUAAAUUCCUGCGAAUAAGUCCUGAUGGUGGAAUUCUUUAUUCGCAAAGACUGACGAUUCGAGCUAAUUGCAUGAUGAAUCUAAAGAAGUUCCCACUGGAUAUUCAGCAAUGUCCGCUUUAUUUUGGAAGUUUUGCUUACUCCACUUCUGAUGUGAAAUAUAAAUGGCGAGGGAAGUUGACGUCACCAGUAGAUAUUUAUCCCCAUCUAACCUUAUCCACUUUUGAUCUGAUUGGUUAUCCUAUGACAAAUUAUACCAGCAUGGUGAAAGGAGAAUACCAUUCAGUACUAGCAGUGAAGUUUUAUUUAAGACGACAUGCUGGAUAUUUUAUUAUACAAGUGUAUGUACCAUGUGCCUUACUCGUUGUUCUCUCUUGGGUAUCUUUUUGGAUCAACAGGGAAGCUACUGCUGAUAGAAUAGCUCUAGGAACAACCACAGUUUUAACGAUGACCAUAUUGGGCAUUGAAAAUAGAAACGACUUUCCUAAAGUAUCGUAUAUUACUGCCCUAGAUUUAUACAUAGCGGUUUGUUUUGUGUUUGUAUUGUCAACUACUGUAGAAUUUGCUAUAGUUCAUUCCUUCACUAAAUAUGGUACAGGUGAACCAAUUUUAUCAGAAUCUACAGAUGAUGACGAGAGCGAAGAAGAGGUAACAAACUUUCGAAAAUAUUUUGUCUUUUUAUUUGUAAGGACGUGUACCACCUUCUGGUGGCUAAGUCUAUAUAAAUGCUGCACAUAUCACAUUGAAUCUAUCCCCUGCAUAAUGCAGCAAGCAUUUUAUGUAUAUAAUUUGGCAGAUGGCCCAUGUAAGAUUCUUCACAAACUCAAUUCAUCUCCUUUUUACAUCAAUAACUAUUACCUGAUUGGUUGUCUCCCUUCCGCGUUACUGUCAUAG